GUGUGGUACAAUCUUGGUGCAACAUCCAUUGCAACUCACAGUCAAUCAUCACCGCACAACAUUUGCAGAUUGAACACCAUGAGCAGAGCACUCACAACGCUGCGCCAGCGCGGUAUGUUGGCCGCACUGACGCACCAGGAGGCUGGUACGUCUAUCGACAAGCUGCUGAUGAACUCGCGUGCGCCUGCAGUGUAUUGCGGCUUCGAUCCAACGGCCGAUUCAUUGCAUCUGGGCAAUUUGCUGCAAGGCAUCGCAUUGCGCCACUUCCAGCGUGCAGGAGUGCGACCCAUUCUGCUGGUGGGCGGGGCCACGGGCAUGAUUGGGGACCCGAGUGGCAAGUCGGAAGAGCGAGUACUGCUGUCAGACGACAUGGUACUGCACAAUGCGCAGGAGAUCGCUAAGGGACUAUCGCCUGUGUUGGAUUUUGAUGACCCGAAGACUGGUGCUAUCAUCUGCAAUAAUGCCGAGUGGCACACGCAGAUGUCGGCGGUCACGUGGAUGCGGGACAUCGGCCGUCACUUCCGUGUAAACGCGAUGCUGCAGCGCGAAAGCGUGAAGAAACGUCUAGAGACGGACCAAGGCAUCAGCUUCCUCGAGUUUUCGUACCAGCUCUUCCAGGCCUACGACUUCCUGCAUCUAUACAGGAACUACGGCUGUGUCGCGCAGAUUGGAGGCAGCGACCAAUGGGGCAAUAUUGCCUCGGGCAUUGAACUUGUUCGCAAAAGCACAGGCGAGGAAGUUUUUGGAGCGACGUUGGCACUGCUGACGACGGCUACUGGAGAGAAAUACGGCAAGUCCGCUGGCAACGCCAUUUGGCUGGAUGCAGAGAAGACGUCGGUGUUUGACUUUUACCAGUUCUUCCUGCGCUCCGAUGACCGCGAUGUCGAGAAACUGUUCAAAAGCUUCACGUUCCGAGAGGUGGAUGAGAUCCGCGACAUCGUGGCUGAGCACGAGAAGGCCCCCGAAAAGCGUGCUGCUCAGAAGGUUCUGGCGGAGGAUAUCACCGUGAUGAUGCACGGUCAAGAAGGUCUCAAGGCUGCAUUGGAUGCCACAGAGCUGCUUUUCGGGAAGAAACAAGGUCCUCUGACUGCUGAAGAGAUGCUCCAAAUGGCUGGAGACGCACCCAUGACAAUUCUUUCGCGCACUGAUGUCGUCGAUCAGUCAUUGGUGGAUCUUGCUGUACGAAUUGGCGCGGUAAAGUCGAAAGCUGAGUGCAGGCGUCUGAUAAAGGGUGGUGGCGUUUACCUUAACAAUGAGCGCGUUGAGUCCGAGGCGUUGCGUGUCGAGCCAUCGAAUCUUCUCGAUGAUAAGGUAUUGAUGGUUCGCGUUGGCCGACGAAACAACUUCAUCGUCCAGGUGGAAUAGAGCAAGCAAUGAUGGCCAUUGGUCCCGGAUGAUUCGUCACUAUGGAUAAAACAAUCGAGAGCAUAACGGUACCUUCGUAACAGUAUUCGUCAUGUUGCCUGAAGCCUGCUACAUGCUCCGCUAAUCGCUCUUGGGUUCAAAUUUGCCUUGCCUUUAGCGCAGUGGCGUGUGCUGUGCGCGAAGGAGCAUCCUCAAGAUGUCAGAGGCUCGCACAGCCCCCACCAUUAAACCGUCUUGGCGCUUGAUAAUAACGCGUCUUGUUUGUUUGUCGAUCAUCUUCCGGAUCACUUUUGCGAUAGAGGUAUCAGGAGAAACAGUGCAAGCAGGCGACAACGCUGUUGUGUUUGCAGUCACAGCUCGGAGAAGAGGGCCUGGCUCGCCAACUUUUUCGCUUAAAGCAGUGAAGGAGGCAGUGAACAAAUCCCGAAAUGUGCUGGUACUGCGAAUGGGAAAACCAGAACAAUUGUUAUCAAGCUGAGACCAUUAAAGCUCGCGACAAAGUGAUCAGUACCUGAGUAUCCUCUCAGCAUCACUAUCACUCGUCUCCACCAAAAUUCCUGACAGCAUUCGCGAUGCCAUAUCUACUAGAGCCUCACACACUGACGCAGACGCGGACACUGGAUUAAUUUUCGCUGGAGCGUAGAAAAACUGGGGAAAGGCGGCUACAGCAUAACGCUCCUGGCCAUCUGAAUUUGUCAAGAACUGAUAGCGUGAGCGGAGAAAGUUUUGGUAAAGCUAUGCAGUCUUACUCAAGAGUGUCAAGUCUUCGUCGAGCCACGCCAGCAUGUCGUGGACAGUCAGACAUCCAAGCACAGCUUCAGGGUCGGAGCUGUAGUUCUGAGCCACUGCCAAGGAACUUUCACCACAAGCAAAACGCAGCAAAACACUGAAAAAUGCUUCGUCAUCGCGAAUGAUGCUCAACAAAGGAGCUCGCUCUGUGAAGUGAAAGCGCACAACAUCACGUAGUGGUGCAGUACCAAACUGUCGGAUAGCCUCCUCUGCACGAGUUCGGGUGUGCUCGUACGGUUUGGCUGUGGACGAUUGAAAACCAGGAGCAAGAAAGUGGAGAAAGUAUCUGUGAAAAAUGCAAUACAUUGUAGAGAGAACGUCAAUCCUGGUCAUACAACUCGGACUAGAUGUUGCUGUACGUACAAGAGCAAUUUUUCGGUGGAAACAAGUCCAAUCAGUCGGCACGUCUCUGACUGAGUGGAGUCUGAAGAUUCAACUACCAAAAUGUGUUGAGUAUCCACUCGGACCAUUUUUUUCAGCGCAUGAGCGCAGGUUUCGCUUGCCCGUAUCUGGAGUAGCUCGGGCUUCUGCCAAAAACUGCCGUAGUCUGCAGCCUAGUCAAACAAAACGUUAGUUUGGAUAUCAAAUGAUUUCCGCUUCUAUCUUCUCCCUACCUUCAAGUCCCA